AUGCCAAAGAUUCUCUCACGGUUGACCAAGUGGUUUGGCUUGGAGGUGGUGCACGUUAUCGUUAUUCGCUGCUCGCGUCGUGGGGACCUCCGCUUUCUCCAGUCGACCUUUCCUCCAGAUCAUCCUACGGAAGUGACGUUGAUGCUCGAAGAAGAGGAGACAAAAGCAAUGAAGGAAGCUACUUUCUGUUACAACUAG